CCUCCUCUGUCACGGACGCGCACACAGCAGCUCAAUAUUUGAGAAUAUAGCUUAGCUCUCUGCACACACAUCUUCCUAAAGCUACACCAUAGCAUCACAUAAUUACAUUAAUCACCAUUAUUUCUCCACUGGACAUUGAUGCAUUUACCUCAACGGUCGCCGUAGCGGUCCAUCCGAUCGUUAUUGCUUUUAUUUCCUUCCUUUCCGCAUCCAAAGAGUAAUCUACGCUACAAGAUGGCUGAGUUGAAUUUGGGGAAGGGUCUGACUGCAGGGAAAGUGGCCAGCAACGUUCAGAAAAAACUAACGAGAGCCCAGGAGAAGGUUCUUCAGAAGCUUGGCAAAGCCGAUGAGACCAAAGAUGUUGCUUUUGAGGAGGGAGUGAUCAACUUCAACAAACAAUAUGCUGAAGGCAGCAAACUCCAAAGGGACCUUAGGGCGUACCUGGAGGCAGUGAAAGCCAUGCACGAGUCCUCCAAGAAUGUGCAGGCAUGUUUGGCUGACAUGUAUGAGCCGGACUGGUACGGGAAGAAUGAAGUGGAUUCCAUUGUGGAGGACUGUGAUGUGCUGUGGACUGACUACCACCAAAAAUUGGUCGACCACGCUCUCAUCUCGAUGGAUACCUACCUGGGUCAGUUCCCUGAUAUCAAGGCACGCAUUGCUAAAAGGGACAGGAAGCUGGUCGAUUACGAUAGUGCAAGGCACAACUAUGCCACCACACACAAGACCAAGAAAAAGGACGGGGGCAUUAAAAUUACCAAGCCCUCCUCUUUGUUGGAGAGGGCCACUCCAGGUUGGGCUCAAGGUAUCCUGUCUGCACACAAUGUUGCCCAAAGCAGUCUGUCCAGGAGUCAGGCUGAAGAAGAGUUGGAGAGAGCCCAGAAGGUGUUUGAGGAGAUUAAUAUUGACUUGCAAGAGGAGUUGCCAUCACUGUGGAACAGUCGUGUUGGGUUUUAUGUCAGCACCUUCCAGAGUUUGGCCGGUUUUGAGGAGAAGUUUCACAAGGAAAUUAGCCGGUUGGAUCAGGAUUUGUAUGACAUCUUGGAGAAAUUAGAGAGAGAAGGCACAAGCAGAAAGACAGGUAACAGCGGCGCAUCAUCAUCAGGAACAAAUAGGAGUGGAAAAGAAGCAUCUAACCACACUCUUAGGCCAGGAGGACCACCGCCAAUACCCAAAUCGCCAUCCAAGCUAAGGCCGGCAGUGCCUCCUCCACCCAAAGUGACCCCAUCUAAGGAGUUGAAAACAGAGAACAUCAUCAACCUGUUUGAUGCUGCGGCUGCUCCUGAUAUCAGCAUCACGUCCCCUACAGAGUUUGACAGUCACGCAGUGAGCAGCCUGUUGGACAUGGACCUGGACCCAUUCAGUGCAGCAACCAAAGCCUCCGCGGUCACACAGCCUGAAAAUUGGGACUCAUGGCAUGAGGACAGUGGUGCCCAGGAAGAGGACACCCUGCGGCACUAUGACCCUGUGGCUGCUGCUACAGAUGCCUGGGGGGAUGAUGGUUCGCAGCCUGUCCGCUAUGACCCUAUAGCAGCUGCCACAGAGGGCUGGGGGGAUGACGGAACCAAACCAGUUUGCAUUGACCCUGUGGCUCAGGAAGGAGGGGGGGAUGAUGAGAGCCAGCAAGUUCAUUAUGACUCCGUGGCUCAAGCCCAGGAGGACUGGGGCGAUGACGGGGACCAGCCAGUCACAGAGGUGUCGCCCAUGGAGAAUGAAACACCUGCAGCUGAGGCUCCAGCUGACGCCGUUGAGGAAGAAGCCGCACCAGCUGCCGCUACAUUGGAUUAUGAAGAGGGUCAGGGUGAAUCUGCAGCAGCUGCUGCAGCAACAGCAACAGAAGAACCAGCAACAGAGGAGACACCUGCAGUAGUGGCAGAAUCAACAGAAGUAGCAUCCCCGCCCGCAGAAAUGCCACCUGGCUUCUUGUUCAAGGUCCAGGUGAUGCAUGAUUAUGCUGCCAAUGACACAGACGAACUGGAGAUGAAGGCUGGUGAUGUGGUGCUAGUAGUCCUCUUUGACAACCCUGACGAACAGGAUGAGGGCUGGCUGAUGGGAAUGAAGCAGGACGACUGGUUGCAGAACAAAGAAAAUGCCGCUAAAGGAGUAUUCCCUGAAAAUUUCACCCAGAGGCUGUGAAAGUGGAGGACAGGAUGUCAUUCCAGCUUCCUUCUUUUUGUCUCUCUUCCUUUUGCCUCAAUCCUUCCUUCCCUCUCUUGCCCCGGGAUCUUUACUAGGACUUUGGCCAUAGAAGCAGAGCUGUCACAGCCCUGGUGGAAAUCAUGCACUUCUGAGGUCUGCUACGCUGUGCUAAAAGUGGAUCUUGGCAUUUCUGUGGAUUUCUGCCAACAUUUAAAAAUUACAGAUGUGGCCAUUUCACAGGUCCCACUCUUUACUGAUCAUAUCGGACAGAUGCAGGGAUGGGUUUCUCUGAAAUGGCUACCACUGCAAUUUAAAUUAAUUCAAAUGUUUUAUUCUUAGUCAUGUCUCAUAAACUCUUCAAGACAUAUUCCUCCACCAUAACAGAGAAAAUGUCUAUUGUGACAUGCUUUUGUUCAUCUGACACUGAGGGACUGAGAACAGUGUAAACAUUUUUAAAACAAUGCCAAGUGUAGCAGAGGAUCCAUUACAUAUACAUAAACCCGCAAAUCUGUUUAUAAAGGAUGAGGGGGCGUGAUUACUAACACUAACUAAGUAACAAGCUAAAAAAAAGUAGAACCCGCUCCUAGCUGGCAUCUUCACCCCAGUUAAACAGUGAAAAGACCACACAAGGUGCAGAAGUCUAACCAGUUAAACAGCACAUAAACAGUGAGGAAAUUUAAAUAAACAAAACAAAAUUACCAAUCUUCUCAACAACUGGGCUUGAAUUUAGUCCCUCGUAAAUGUUGCUGAGGCAGUUCUCUGGCCUCUCAAGCUCAGAGAUGUGAAAAAUCCCAGAAGUGGGUUGUUGAAAUAAAUUUCUAUAUUUGGCAAAAGUCCAUUUUAGCCACAUGUGUAGCCAUCAAGUGCCAUUUUCUUCUUUGGCAUGCAGAUUGUUUCCUCAACUGUGCCCGUUUGGUUAGUUUUGGUGGCUGGCUGCAAUUCUGACCACGUGUGUCAGUAAAGGUUAAGCAUUUCGGUUUUGCAGUCUAAUUAGUCCUGGGGUUCUGCUGCUGACGCAAUGCCUUUUGGACACAUCCAGCCCAUCUUUUAGUCGUACUUGAAUUAUUUACUUGUGAAACAUGGGCCCUUGGUUGUUGUAUUAGUUUAGGUUCAAUGGUGGUAUAAGUAGUAUGAUUCUGUUGUUGAAAUCCAAAUACAUGCAUGUGCAGUUAACUUUACCUGCAUAUGAGGUUCAAUAUAAACAUGUUUUGAAAAUCCAAACAGAAAUACUGAUCUCAGACUCCUAUAGAGUAGAAAAACACGACUGUUUUAAUUUUUGACCUUCGUGUUUUUUAUUCCUUGUUGUUUAAAGUUGUGUGAAGUUGUGUGGAGUGGGCAUGUAAAAAAAAUCUUCUCAAGGAUUUUUUUUUUCCACAAGGGAUUCCAAAUAUGCAUUAUUAAGGCUUGCUAAAAAGCUAGCCACCAAACUACAACAAUGAGACGCUGCUACUGGUAGUAUAAUAGACAGAUAUGGUUACACCGUAAUGUUAAUCAAACAUAUAAUCACUGAGCCAGCCUCAUUUGUUUAAAAAAAAAAUGUGCCGAAAACAAUUCCUUCCGUUUGCAUAGAGAUGACUUAACUCAAAUGCAGAUGAUUCCGAAUAUGCACCAGAGCAACUUCUUUUAUUUUUGUAUGCUGCCAAGCAACGAUUACAUAUAGCCUAAUGUAACUAUGUCAACAUAAUUGCCAACGUAGGAUGUUACAGAGUGUUUUGUACUUCUGUCAGGUUUACUGCUCUCAACACAGCCGCUUACUGUAGGUAGUGAAAACUAUCUCUCAUUCAGUCAUUCAUUCAGUCACUGACUCAAAAGAGAUUCACAUUUCUCAUGAUGUUAUUAACAUGUAAUAAGCGUGAGAGAAAAUGGUCAUGGUGUGCGAUUGUAUGUGUGUGUGUGGUUACGGGUUGUUUGGAAACAUAAAUUCUUUAUCUAUAGGCUAUUGUUAUUGGACGAUAUCACCACCACCUACCAGGGGAUGACGUCGUCUGUUUUACAGGAGGUUUUUCUGACUGGACAAAGGCAACUCAAAUGUAUUUGGGUCUUUUUCCACUGGCUGGUAUUAUGGUUCCAGGUGUUAUUGUGCAUUUGUUGUGUAUAAGUGUAAUUUUGACAAGCUGUGAUGACAGAUACAUAUUCUAUAAAGACAUUCAUAUCUGUAUGUGAGUUACUGUGUGCAUGCUGACUUCCCAUGUGUUGUUGUGUGAACACCCCUAAUUUAAGACAAUGAUACUUGAGGGACUUUUUGAGGCAGUUGAAGUUGAAACAGUCAGUUUCUUUUAUUUUUUAUUAUUUAUUUAUCUUAGUAAGGGGGUGGUGAGCAGCUACUUACUGUGUGUGUUUUCCACCGUUCUCCCUCUCAAAUCAGUCCUAAUUAUAAUUGCUGGUUGUUCGUCAGCCUUGCCUCAAAGUGUUGCCAGGGUAUCGUGGUCCAAACACAGUUAAACAUGAUUACACAGAGACAGGACAAAUAGAGAAAGAUUUCAAAACACCAGACUCAGUUGGACACUUUUUUUGUAAUGGUUUUCAGUAUUUUAACCACUUGAUUGAGACGUGCAUGAUUUUUUCAUGUGUAUUGAAAAAGCCUCACGUGAGAACAUCACCUGUACAUUUAGGUAAAGAAAUCACUUUCAUAUUUUUAUUUUCAGAUACAUGUAACUUGGUGAGAGUUUCACCUGGGUCUGGUUCUCUAUCUGUCUAUAUGGAUCAGUCUCCUGCGAUGAGCUAUGAGAUAUGACAAAAGGUAUUUCCUGUCCUUAACUGACCAAUAAUAAUAAAGAUUACUCAGAAUA